AUGUAUAAUAGAGCUUAUCGGGAAGCAGAUGACUCUUUUUUCGACGAUAGCUAUGGUGUAAGUGGGAUACAUAGCAAUGAAUUUUGGAUCAAAUGUGAAGAAUAUGAUAAAUUCGAUUAAAGUGAAAUGACAUUUUAAGGGCGUUUAUAUUAGAAAAAUCCUAAGACAAAAAAGUGGUAAGCAUACCAUUUUGAAUUAUAUAGCGACAGAUUAAUAAGAAUAAGUGCCGGAAACGGGAAUUCUAACAACUCACAAAAUGCAGUAAAUAAUAACAACAAUUAGAAUGGCUAAAUAUAGAACUAGGCAAAUUCAGAAAAUGCAAAUAAAGAAGAGCUACCAGAGUAUUUACCGCUGAAUGCGUGUUACUUAAAAAAGAUUAAAUAUUCAGACACAUCGUAUGCAAAUUAUAAGUACGGUAUUAGACUUCAAAAAGGAGAAUUGAAGAGUGAGCUAUUUACAGAAAGUGCUGAAAAUUUUAAUAAAUUAUAUGAAGAAAUAAAAAGGUUUUGUAUUUUACCGAAAUUCGCUAAAAAGUAUAAAGUACUAACUAAAUUCAAAUCACCAAGCCAAAUGCCCAACGCUCAUUUGUAUAAAUGCUUUCGCUACAGUGAUUCCACUCAGUAUUGUGUUAGAAUCAUUGAUAAAUACACUCUGACAGAUUAAGGAAGAAUAUCAGUACUCAAGGAAACGGCAAUAUUGAGAAAGAUAGAUCAUCCUUCUCUUAUUAAAUUAUACGAAGUGUAUGAAGAUGAAACUAAUAUAUUUUUAAUUUAUGAGCUUCUACAAGGGAAAGAUUUGAAAAGCAAAUUGAAUGAAUUACUAUGCAUGGAUGAGAAAAGUGUAUCCGAUUUUAUUUGGAAAUUAUUGCAUGGACUACACCAUAUGCAUUCUAGAAACAUAGUUCACAGAGAUAUCCGUCUUGAUAAUAUAUUUUUUCGUGCACCAAACAACUAUUCAGAUGUCUGCAUUAGUAAUUUUUUCUUAGCUGACUUUGCUGACUAAAAUCGCUGUGUAGGUCAAUCUUAUUGCUACAUUCCUACAAAGUAAAACUAUAAAAAAUAUGGCACUGCUGGCUACCUUGCCCCUGAAGUUUUAAAAAAUAAAUAAUAUGAUUGCAAAGUGGAUAUAUUUUCUCUAGGUAUUAUUUUUUACUUUUUUGUGUUUGGUCGCAUGCCUUUCGAAGGUAAAGAUGCAGAAGAAACUCUUAAGUUAAAUGAGAAAUGCGAAAUUGACUUCUCUUAGUAACCUUUCUUUGGUAAAUUCACUUCGUCUGCUUUAGAUUUGAUGAAAAAAAUGCUAGAUAAAGAUCCAAAAAUGAGAGGAGACGCAGCUACUCUAUUAAAUCAUACUUGGUUUGUCAAUAUGAGAAAUAAAGGUGACGAUGGAAAAUCAAGAAAUGGUAAUAAUUACUGUGGAUUUCCUACUUUAUCUACUGUCUAGGAAUUUACAGAAGGACCAGAGCUGCUUUCAGGCUGUUCACAAGAUAGUCGUAUCCUAAGGAAUUAUGAUUUAAAAGAGCUGCGUUUUCCUAACUAUUCUGGGGAAUUCAGCAAUAUAAAAAAUGACGAAGAUAUCCCUGGUAGUAAUUAUAUUUAUAAUGUUGUUAAGGAUGGAUCUCUCAUUUAUGAAGAUGAAUUCAUGAAAGAGACUGUGCAUGAUAAAAUGAUCACUCUAAAUAAAUUGCAAUUUAUGAAAGUUCCUUCAAAAUACCGCCAUGAUUCAUUUCAUUACCAUCUAUAAUCAAGGCUUGGAAUAAAUAUUUAAGAAUUUUACAAUAUGCCUUAGCAGACAUUACAGAAUGUUAAUUCGAGUAAUUCAACCUCAAACACUAAUUAAGUAGGCUAAAAUCUAACAUCUUAAACAUAAACAUAAAACGACAUAGCAUAGCUAUAGACAACUGCAAACUCAGUCAUAACCGCUGUAGGAUCGACUCCUCUUAGUACAAAUACUUCAGGACCUGCUAGUGGUUCUUCGAUAAUAAAGCAAACAAAUGCUAAUAACAAAGAAAAUAAUGAAGCAGAAGAUUUAAUUAAAAAUAAUAAAUCCUAAAGUACACCAGUGAAAGGAAGCGCAUAAAAUUAACAAUUACCUUUAUCAAAAAACAAUGAGUAAUUAGCUUUAUGA